CUAAUACCUUAGUGAUUAGAGUAUAGCUGAUAGAGCAAUGGAAUCCAUGGCAGCAGCAAAACCAGUGAUCAAAGUGGCUGCCCUUUGUGGGGCUAUAAGUAAAGGCUCUCACAACAGAGCCUUAAUUCGUUAUGCUAUCGAAUUAACUAAGCAAGACAUUGAUGGGAUCGAGAUUGAUUACGUAGAAAUUGCACCACUUCCUAUGCUCAAUACCGAUCUCGAGGUUGAUGGCAAGUAUCCGGCGGUUGUUGAGGCUUUCCGGCAGAGGAUUUUGGCGGCUGAUAGCGUCCUCUUUGCUUCCCCCGAGUACAACUACUCGGUUACCGGUAUCCUGAAGAAUGCGAUCGACUGGGGUUCUCGACCACCGAAUGUUUGGGCUGAUAAGGCGGCUGCCAUCGUAACUGUCGCCGGGAGUUUAGGCGGUGCGCGGGCACAAUAUCAUUAUCGACAGAUUGGGGUGUAUCUUGAUCUUCAUUUCAUCAACAAACCUGAGUUUUUCUUGGAUGGAUAUGGGUCUCCACCUAAGUUUGAUAGUGAUGGCAACCUUAUUGACCCUGCAUCCAUGAAGAGAAUGAAGGAAGUUCUUCUUUCCUUGCAAGCAUUUACUCUGCGACUCCGAAGCUGCAAUUCCAACCCCUUAACAAUAUCAGAGUUCCGAAGGAACAUGUGCAAAUUAUCCGAGGAAGGACAAGCCUUAACACCAUUCCUCGAUGGAAAUCUUGCGCAAAAAUUCCAUUCUAGCUCACAAUACAAGCGUGGAAUAACAUCGGAGCCUUAUGAUUGGUAUGAUCGGGAAAUCUGCAACAAUGAGAAAAAUGUACUUAGUCGGUUUCAUGACACCCAUUUGGGGCUCAAGAACAGAAGGUAUACCCCUAAUGCUAGGGAAAGGAUGUAUAAGUUUGUUUUGGUUGCGUCUUGGGUGUUUUUCCUCAUUGUAUUCAUGCUGGAUUAUCGGGUUAAGAUUGCUGAGGAUGCUUGCUGCAAGAGGAGUCUAUAUGGCAAGGGCCUUGAUCUCUGGAAGGCCUAUAGUUAAAUUGCUGUGCACAGUCACCAUAGUAAGUAGACACUUUGGUUUCUUAUGCAUUAAAUUUCGAUGUAAAACCUGCAUGCAUGGGGGAAUUGUCAGAAUAAGAUCAAGCUGUGUGUUUGCUUGGCUUGUAAAAUAAUAUCCUGUACUACUAGUGUUGUU